AUGAUCGGCCCGAUUCGAAAAUCCGAAUGGUCCCGUGACUUGUGCCGCAUUGAUAUGACCAGCAUGGCUAACCCCAGUGUUCGAGAAAACAGCGGAGAAGCUACUAGUGGGCUAUCACGCCCAUCUAUCACUGCGUGUCUGCGGUGUCGCGAGCAGAAGGUGAUCGCUUAUCUCUCAAAUGCGGUCGCGAACGUCCCGCGUGCGCUCGAUGCGCCCGACUCACCGCAACAUGUCAGUACCCUAGCCCUCCAGAUCGACGGGGCUUGCGAACUCGACGAAAAGGCCGGCGGCCACCGCAUAGGGUAA